GGUGGAUCAGAAGGUGACGAGACUCAAGGGCUAUAAAACUUAACAAAGCGGGGAGGGAGCGUGCACCAUCCCAGAGUAAAGGACCCCGGCAAAGCAGACAGGAUCCAUACAGAUUGACCAUGUGUGACGAGGAGGAAAGUACAGCGCUGGUUUGCGAUAACGGCUCCGGACUGUGUAAGGCUGGCUUCGCCGGGGAUGACGCUCCCCGAGCGGUCUUCCCCUCAAUCGUGGGCCGCCCUCGCCAUCAGGGUGUUAUGGUUGGAAUGGGCCAGAAAGACAGCUACGUGGGCGAUGAGGCUCAGAGUAAAAGGGGGAUCCUGACCCUGAAAUAUCCAAUCGAGCAUGGCAUCAUCACAAAUUGGGACGACAUGGAGAAGAUCUGGCACCACACUUUCUAUAAUGAGCUGCGUGUAGCUCCUGAGGAACAUCCAACUCUGCUCACCGAGGCUCCCCUGAAUCCCAAGGCCAACCGCGAAAAGAUGACCCAGAUCAUGUUUGAGACUUUCAAUGUGCCAGCCAUGUAUGUUGCUAUCCAGGCCGUGCUGUCCCUUUACGCGUCUGGCCGUACAACUGGUAUCGUGCUGGACUCUGGAGAUGGUGUCACCCACAAUGUGCCAAUCUACGAGGGUUAUGCCCUGCCCCAUGCCAUCAUGCGUCUGGAUCUGGCCGGCCGUGAUCUCACUGACUACCUCAUGAAAAUCCUUACUGAACGCGGCUAUUCAUUUGUCACCACAGCUGAACGUGAGAUUGUCCGUGAUAUUAAGGAGAAGCUGUGCUACGUGGCUCUUGACUUUGAGAAUGAGAUGGCCACAGCUGCCUCCUCAUCCUCCUUAGAGAAGAGUUAUGAACUGCCUGAUGGCCAGGUCAUCACCAUUGGCAAUGAGCGUUUCCGUUGCCCAGAGACUCUCUUCCAGCCAUCUUUCAUUGGAAUGGAGUCUGCAGGUAUCCAUGAGACCACAUAUAACAGCAUCAUGAAGUGUGAUAUCGACAUCAGGAAGGAUUUGUACGCCAACAACGUACUGUCUGGAGGUACCACCAUGUACCCUGGUAUCGCUGACCGUAUGCAAAAGGAAAUCACAGCAUUGGCUCCCAGCACCAUGAAAAUCAAGAUCAUUGCUCCUCCUGAGCGCAAAUACUCAGUUUGGAUUGGUGGCUCCAUCCUGGCCUCUCUCUCCACCUUCCAGCAGAUGUGGAUUAGCAAGCCCGAAUACGAUGAGGCUGGUCCAUCUAUUGUACACCGCAAAUGCUUUUAAACCAUCAUCUUUCCUCUUCCUCUUUUUGUAUCUUUUUGCAACAAGAAAACUGUGAAUGUGCAAUUAGAGAAACAUACUUUCUACUGUUUUCAUUCCAUUGCUCUGUCACUAGACAUUAGCUGUAGCUUUACCUGAAUGAAUGGGAGUUUUUAAAAUAAAGUCAGAAUGUGCUGCCAGAAUAUUCACAAUUGUCUUGUGUUUCCUGAAAUAUUUGACACCUAUUUAUUUCGUAGAGUAAUGGUGAACUAAUCAGACUUAACUAUAAACAAAGAUGACAGAGAAAAUUUAAACUGUAUCUUGGUUUAUUUAUUACAAGAUAUCACCUUUAAUUUUAAAUUUGGUUUGGAACUUUUGGCUUCAGAUUAAAUAAUCUCCCAUUGCCAAUUUAUAUAAGUUUUGUUCACAUUUUCCUAAACUGCUUACAUCUCCUUUCACUGUUGUCUGCUUCUACUUUAUUGUCUGGGAAAUGCAGUCAUCUUGGAUUUAAUGCUCAAUAAAAAAAAUGAUGGUUUAAUAAACUGUUACAGGGGAUGCUUGAUUCAAGCAGUCCACUGGGUUUCUCAA